AUGGAUGGUACGGAACACUUCGUGCACGAUUCCUACUCGCACUGGGCCGGUUUCAUUCCGAAAUUACCUCGUGUCUUGGACAGGAGUGAAGGUGCGGAUUGCCCUGGAUUCAGUUGCAUGUCAGCGUGUGACAUCGAACGCUGGCGAUCUGCCCACUUGGCGGAUUCCGUCGCUCUUCUUAAAGCUUUCCUCGUGAGCCCACCAUUAGCAGAUUGGUUAAGUUGCAACGGGAAC